AUGAAUACCGGUCUUAAGAUCUAUACCACUCUUUCUCCUCUUACUCCUCUUGCUCCUCCACUAGGCCUUGCGCCAGUUAUGGUCGACCCUGCUAUCUUCUACGCUUUUAUGACUAUUCGCAUGCUAUUGCCAAGUACCUCAAAAGCUCUUUGCUUCAGUGGUGCUAAUAUCACCGACUUUAUCGAGAAGUACGAAGAGAUUUAUAAAGACUUUAGUAUCUUUCAAGACGAUCGUAUAGAGGUUGCUUCGGUCGAGAUUAACGCUGCCGUAAGAGACAAGGCCAAAAAGCCUUUCCCGCCUUCGGAAAGAUCCAAGCCUACUAGGAUCAAGAAGAAUGUCCGACAACAAAGAGAGAAGAACUACGGCACUUUUAAGGCCCGCGCUUUUCAAGAGUCGGGUACUAUUGUAAAGAUAGACUUAAAAGAUAAGUUGUUCGAUAGUGUAAUUGAAGAAGAGUCUUCUAGACCUUCUAGACCAGCUAGAGCCGACGAAGCUAUAGAGGAUAUGGAAGAAGAGGUUGAGAUCACUUAG